CUCAAAGGACCAAACUGCAAAACACAAUCCAAAACUUUCAUCUUCAACCUCCACAAUCUCCCCCUUCUCUCUCCUCAAUUCGCACCCACCACCGAAGCCGGGCAUGGCUAUGCCUGACCACCACCACUUCCAAAACUACCUCCAACAACAACAACAACAACAACAACAAUCAAAACCCUUCAGAGAUGUAUUCAACAACAUUGAUGCUCCAAUUUCACCCCCAAUUAACUAUAUGAACGCCGAUCAAGCUCAUCAUCCUCCGUACAUACCUCAAUUUCAUGUGGUGGGGUUUGCUCCGGGUGCGGAUGUUAGCGAUGGCGGGUUCGAUUUGCAGCGGAAUUAUGAGUUGGAGUUGAGAAACUCGCGGCCGAAAGAGCAGGAGUUUUUGGAGAAUCAUAAUGCGAAUUCACAGAUGUCAUCUAUUGAUUUCUUGCAGCCUCGGACGGUUUCAACGGGUUUAGGGUUGUCGCUUGAUAAUGGUAGGUUGGCUUCGUCGGGUGAGUCGUCGUUUAUUUCAGGGCUUUUGGGUGAUGAUCUUGAACUCGAGAUGCGUAGACAGGAUGCCGAGAUCGAUAGGUUCAUGAAAAUUCAGGCUGACAGACUCAGGCAAGCGGUACUUGAAAAGGUGCAAACGAACCAGCUUCAAAUAAUCUCUCACGUUGAAGAUAAAUUCAUCGAAAAGCUUCGUGAGAAAGAAGCCAUGGUGGAAAACAUCAACAAGAAGAACAUGGAACUCGAAUUGCAGGUCGAAGAAUUAGCCAUGAAAGCCGACACAUGGCAGCAACGGGCGAAAUACAACGAGAACAUGAUCAACACCCUGAAAUAUAAUCUUCAACAAGUGUACGCGCAGGGGAAAGAUAGUAAAGAAGGAUGUGGUGACAGUGAGGUUGACGACACGGCUUCAUGUUGCAAUGGUCGGGCGAUUGAUUUCCACUUGCUUUGCAAGGGUGGUACUAAUGGCGCAAUGACGUGUAAGGUGUGUCGGGUGAAUGAAGUGUGCAUGCUUUUGUUGCCAUGUAAGCAUCUUUGUCUGUGUAAAGAGUGUGAGAGUAAGCUUAGUAUGUGCCCGUUGUGUCAGUGCUCCAAGUAUAUAGGUAUGGAGGUUUAUAUGUAACGGAUUAUUUGAACCGCUCGUGUUAGAUUUAUGUGCACCUACCUUGUUGCUGUUGUUGUUUACUUGUUUUGAUGAUAUGAGGAUUGUUGUAUGCU